UGUCAACUAGUUUUACAAGAAUAAAAUCAAUACGCAUGCAAAAGUGUUUUGUUUUUUUUGUGUACAAAAAUGGCAGAUGGAAGCUAGUCAAAAGUCACGCCUUUUACGCUGCCAUAAUAUCCCAAAUGGUUAGCUCUGCUUGGAGACUCUAGGGUUACGCUUUAACGGACUGCGCAAUGUUUUUCAUGAAGUAUCACGACUGUGCACGGUUACUGUUGUUGAGAAGGCAACGAGAGAGAGAGAGAGAGAGAAAGAGAGAUGCCCCGCCUUCGUGUAUUAAAAGUUUCAACUUUUCUGUAACGUUUUCAACUUCUCUGGAUUUAGUAAAAUGACAACAGAUAUUGAUACUGCAUGCGAUCCCACUGAGAUUGGAGAUGAACAUCGUAAGGUUGCUCCUGGUAUCCCUUUUUAUAGAAAACUGUGCUAUGCAGUUGGAGGAAUGCCAUAUCAGAUGACAGGCAAUGCCAAAGGUUUCUUCAUGCAGAUAUUCUUACUGGAUGUUGUGCAGAUGAACCCCUUCAAUGUGUCUUUCAUUCUGUUCCUCGGUCGGGCCUGGGAUGCCAUCACCGACCCCCUGGUGGGCUACGCCGUCAGCAAGAGCGGCCGGACACGUAUCGGCAAGCUCAUCCCAUGGAUUGUGUUCACCACACCUUUUGGGGUUCUGUCUUACGUCAUGCUGUGGUUUACCCCUCAGGCCACCAUGACUCCUGCCACAAGCUUCUGCUGGUAUUUCCUCUGGUGUUGUCUGUUUGACACCUUCAUGAGUUGCUAUCAUGUUCCAUACUCUUCACUCAACAUGUUCCUUGGUGGAGGCCAGAGAGAUAGAGACUCUGCAACUGGAUACCGGAUGGGAAUGGAGGUCUUUGCGACGCUGGCUGGCGCAGCCAUUCAGGGUCAGAUUGUUGGGGUGUACCAUGCAAAGAGAGCCCAAGACUGCAGUAUGCUGAACCAGAGUGAUUCUCUGCGUCUAAACCACUCUUCCCCGUCCAACAAUAACACUGCCUCGCCGCUCACAGACACCCUGCAGAACACAAGGAGGGCCUACGUGGUUGCCGCGGUGAUCUUGGCUGCGCUGUACUUUGUGUGUUGUGUGGUGCUGUUCCUGGGAGUCAAAGAGCAGCUGGCUCCGCUGAGUAAACUGGACCGCAUGCAGGUGCCGUACCUGACCGGGAUGAGGAUGGUGUGGGGACACACACCCUACGUCUGGCUGGUCUUCGGUUUCCUCUUCUCCUCUCUGGCUUUCCAGCUGUCUCAGGGUAACCUUGCUCUCUUCUGCACCCAUGCUGCCGGGAUGGGCAGGUACUUCCAGCACCUCGUACUCAUUCUCCUGACCUCGGCCACGCUGGCCAUCCCUCUGUGGCAGUUGGUGCUGGUGAGAGUUGGCAAGAAGACGACCAUAUUCAUCGGCCUAUCUUUUUACAUGCCAGCCCUGGCGGUGAUCGGCACUGUAAACAGUCAGCUGGUGGUCUUCAUUCUGAUGUCCAUGUUGGCUGGCUCUAGUCUUGCUGCACUCUACCUGUUGCCAUGGUCAAUGCUGCCAGAUGUGGUGGACGACUUUAAGCUGAAAAACCCGUCCUGCUCAGACCUGGAACCCAUGUUCUAUUCCUUCUUCGUCUUCUUCAACAAGUUUGGAGGAGGCAUGGCGGCAGGAGUCUCCACGCUGGCUCUUUAUUUUGCAGGCUACAAGCCGGGGGCGUGCAAACACAAUGAGGUGGUGAUCACCACACUGCGGGUGCUCUCUGCCCCCGUGCCCAUUGCUCUGAUCGUGGUGGGCAUGGGACUCUUCUACUUUUACCCCAUCAACGAGAAACGGCGGCAGGAAAUACAAUGUGCCCUCAAGCAGGCUGUGAACGGGGACACGGUGAGAGAAGACUUUCCCCUCUGAAGACCAACGAGGAGUAUGGACAACACAUGGACAUUUUCAUUAAUUAACCUCUUAUAUACCUUUUGAUGAAGUUUCCAUUAUUUAAUCUUUUUCAUCUCUUUUUUUUACACUGUAACAGUCAAUUAAUAGUGACAGCUGGUGUUAGCCCAGUGUUGGCAUUGUUAACAUUGUCCCAUAUUUAAGAUAUCCAUGGCUCUCUUUAGAUCAGCGUUGGUCUAACGUUGUCCCAGUGUUGGUCUAACGUUGUCCCAGUGUUAGUCUAAUGUUGUCCCAUAUUUAAGAUAUCCAUGACUCUCUUUAGAUUAGUGUUUCUCAACCUUUUUUCAAUCGUGGCAUCCUUUACAUGAAUGAAACAUCUCAAUCGCGGCACCCUUUACAUGAAUAAAACAUCUCAAGGUAACCCAAACUUUUUUUUAAAAUGUUUUAUGUGGAUUAUCAUUAGAAUACACACACUGUCUCUGAAGACCAACAAAUGCAUAACGCAUGUAGCAUACUACAACACACACACACGCACACAGGAGUGUGACUUGGGCCUGGGAUGAUGCACAUAACCGCUCUAUUCUCGCAGGAAUGGAUGACUGACACACGUAGCUCCUGGUCCACAGCUCUCAUAUAUAGAGUAGUAGUGUAGUAGUAGUGGUAGUGUAGUGUAGUAGUAGUGUAGUAGUAGUGGUAGUGUAGUAGUAGUGGUAGUGUAGUAGUAGAGUAGUAGUAGUGGUAGUGUAGUAGUAGUGGUAGUAGUAGUGGUAGUGUAGUAGUAGAGUAGUAGUAGUGGUAGUGUAGUAGGCUGCUACAACAUGGUCAGGCCAGUAGUGUAGUAUGGUAGUGUAGUGGUAGUGUAGUAGUAGUGUAGUAGGCGGCUACAACAUGGUCAGGCCAGUCAUUACUUUUAUAAUCAUGGGGCAUCGUAACAAUGCAACUGGCAUCCUGGUUGAGAAACACUGCUUUAGAUGAUGGUAAAAAAAGGUAUUAUUGUGGUCUAUUGUGUUCACUAAAUGCACAAUAUAAUUUUAUAUACAAAUUACAGUGGCGCAUAUUCACAGCAGUGCUCAGAGGUGAAUGAGAAGGAAAAAACAUUGAAAUGUUUAAGAAUAUGAAAUUAAAAUAUAAAUUUAUUAUUUGAA